CAUGCCGUAUUCCGUCUGUGGACGAACACGAGACAGUAGAAAAACAAAGUGGCGUGAAGCUGUAACUCUGCUCCGGUGACGCGGCGGAGUGUCCGCGGCUCUGGAACCCGCAGCAUGUUGUAUCUGAUCGGCCUGGGGCUGGGAGACGCCGCGGACAUCACGGUGAAAGGUCUGCGGGCGGUGAAGAGCUGCUCCCGGGUCUAUCUGGAGGACUACACCUCGGUCCUGACCGGAGGGAAGGAGGCGCUGGAGCAGCUCUAUGGGAAGCAGCUGAUCCUGGCGGACCGGGACCUGGUGGAGCAGGGAGCAGAUGAGAUCCUGAGGGAUGCUGGUGUGGAGGACGUGGGCUUCCUGGUGGUGGGCGAUCCCUUCGGAGCCACCACCCACAGUGACCUGGUCCUGAGAGCAGUGAAUGCUGGGAUACCAUAUAAAGUCAUCCACAACGCCUCCAUCAUGAACGCUGUGGGCUGCUGUGGGCUGCAGCUGUAUAAUUUUGGGGAGACGGUGUCGUUGGUGUUUUGGACGGAGACGUGGAGACCAGAGAGUUUCUACGACAAAAUCUGCAAAAACAGAACAGCUGGACUUCACACACUCUGUCUGCUGGAUAUCAAAGUGAAAGAGCAGAGUGUUGAGAACAUGAUGAGAGGAAAGAAAAUCUACGAGGCUCCUCGCUUCAUGACGGUGGCGCAGGCCUCAGAUCAGCUGAUCCAGAUCAUCCAGAGGAGGAGGGGGGAGGGCGAGGAGAUCGGUGUGACCGAGGACACUGUGUGUGUGGGCGUGGCCCGACUCGGCGCCGACGACCAGGUAAUUCGUGUGGCGACGUUACGUCAGCUGGUGUCAUGUGACCUCGGCGCUCCGCUCCACUCGCUGGUCGUCACGGGUCGACUCCACCCGCUGGAGGUGGACAUGCUGCGAGUGAACGCAGAACCAAACGCCCUGCAGCACCUGCGCAUGAUUGACAGCUCCACGUACACCUCGUAACACACAUCAGAGGCCCUCACACUGAAAUCUUGUUGUUGUCCUGAUACAAACUGUUGAUGUAGAAUGUGUUUGAUUCAGUGAAACUUGAUUAAAUCGAGAGGUUAACAUUUAUAUUGAGUUUCAUGAGUUUUAUCAAAAUUAACCAAACUGGUUUGAAGUGCUCGAUGUAUUUUUUAAUUCUGUUUUUUUAACUGAUCAAUAAAAGGUUGUCACUCUU